CCACCGAAAGAGAGGGUGGCAAAUUUGACGACCUUGUUUUCUUGUAUCAAGAUGCUCCUCAAAGUGAGUAUCGCUAUCGAUACUUGCAAGCCAAACACAGGCAGAGCGAUGACAAAAAGAUUACAGAAGAUGAUCUUUUCAACGAAACAAACGGCGACUUUAGUUUGCAGAAAUAUUUCCGUUCGUACCGCAACGAAAUUGCAAAUCGUGGAAGGAACGUCCAAGAUUGCAUCAUUUGCACAAAUGUUGGUUUCGACCAACUUGUACUGGAAUCGAAUGACUUCAACUUGACGCUGAUCGACUCCAACGAUGAAAUAUUGGCAUUUGAACCAGAACCACAUGUCGGUGUGCCAGCUCGUUACAAGUUUCAACAAACGGAAAAACUAGUUGAAUUAUUCCGCGCAAGUUCGGAGCUCCACCAACUUGCAAAGAAGUUACUUGAGUACGCAAACACAUCACCAAAGAAAAUGACAUUGAAAGUGGAAAUUUUCAAGAUUUAUCACGUUGUUCUGAGAAAGGAAAAUGUUAUCGAUAAAAAUAAAUUUCAUCGGCAUUUCAUUGAACAGAAUAAUCUAUCGCAAAACAUAUCGGAAUUUCGGGACAUAUUUUUCAAGUUGUGGAGUAAAGAUAAUAAAAAUGCAGGUCAUAGUCAAUUUGCCAAUUUCUUAAAAACCUCAACUUUUAAUUGCAGCAAAAAUUUCGGAAUCAGCAACGAAGUAUCGAAUAAGACGCUUGACGAUAAGGUAGCUGAUGAAGAAAUCACUGAAUUUUUGGACAAGCUGGUCUUUGCCGUCAACAUGCCAAACGAAGUCCGCCUAGGCAAUAUCCUCACUAAAGAGGUGGGUCAACACUUUAAUGUGCGCGGAUGCGAUUUCCAGUCAAGUUUCAUACUGGAGAAGUUGUUGGACUGGUUCAAAAAGAAAAAAAGCAAUCCCAUCCUCAAGGAAGCAAAGGAUAAAACGACCACUGGAGGACGCAAUUUGUUUGAAGAAACCCGACAGAAAAUGGUGGCACUUCGAGCCACUGCCUUCUCAAUCGAUUUUCGUGCCAAUUAUUUACCCUUAUUUUUCCGUGAAUCUUUCCAAUACCACGAAGAAACGAUCACCCAAAAAGCCGAGGAACUUGAAGUAUUUCUGAACUCACCGGAAGAAAACAAAACUUUGCAAAUCAGCACGAAAUCUCUGAGAUGCACGACAGUCAAAAUCCUUUCGGCGCUGGACACGCUGCCAAGAUUCAAGGAUUCAGACGACGGAUACUUGCUGAUCGAAUCAGAGCAUCUGAUGGAGCGCAACAAACACAUGAAAGAGUGGGUCCAGGGUGCGAUGAACGAAGAUAAAUCACACCAAGUCCUUGUCGUCAUCGGAGAAAUUCCCGUGCAAGUCGGUAGCUACGAGAAAGAAUUGAUGCCGAAAGACACACAACUCCGGAAAAAGAUGAUUUUCAUAUGCAGCGACGGAUUGGCUACUCAGUUCGAAGAAUUAUUCGACAGUAUGGAGAACAGCGACGUCAUUUUCAAAAUUGGCGACCGCCCAUUUCCCGCCCACAAACUUAUUUUAGUGACCAGAUGCCAAGUGUUUGCGGCCAUGUUCAAGCACGAGACCAAAGAAAAGUUGAGCAACGAAAUUGAAAUCAAAAAUGUCGAGCCGGACGUUUUCCAUCAGCUGCUGCGCUUCAUCUACACGGGCCGACUGAGUUUAGCGACCAUGGAAACGAUGGCCGUCGCCCUGUUCAUCGCGGCGGAUAAGUAUCUGCUGGACCAACUCACAAACAAGUGCGAACUGUUUCUCCUCUACAAAAUGACUCCCGUCAACUGUCUCGAACUUCUUCUUCAUGCCGAUUUGCUCAAUUUUGCGAAAUUAAAGGAAGAUGCGGCCGUCUACUUUCGGCGACACCAAGAACGCGUGAUGGCGACAGACACAUGGAAAAUUGUGGAACAGGAAUGUCCAUCUUUGUUAGGUGACAUUCAGGAAUGCAUAUUGGCAAAAAUUUCUUAAAAUUUCACAUUAGCAAUUGCUAUUCGAUAACAAUUCAUCAUUUGUAAAUUAAUUUUAGGAAUUUAAUAAAA